GACCCACUGGCCAGGGUUCACGGCCCUCGUUAUUGAUUCCGAUGUGUAGGGUGGUCUGUUUUUGGCUAAAUUGCCGCCCAAAGCCGAUGCACAUAAACCAGGUUAGGAAUGAGGCAGUACUUGGGGGGGCUGAGAGGGCUUUGCUGGAGCCUGGCUCCAUGCUCAUUCUCUGUUCCUUUUCUGCUCCUUUUCUUCCUCGUCUCGCCCCAUGGUUAGACCAUUUCGAUCACAUUCAGGACAGUUGACUUUCUGUACAGAUCGGUGCUGAACGACAGUGUCGCCAUGUCUUCACCCACCUCGACCGAAUCCCCCAAGCAGAGCAAAAGAGCGAAGAAGCAACAGAAGAAGCAGCAUGGGACAGAUACGAUUCUGCCGAAGAAACCAGCCAAGGUUCUGUUGGCAGAUACCAUCGGACAAGCAUUGUACGAGCGUCUCCUCUCGUUUGGUGACCGUUACCACCAGCACCAGCACCAGCAUCAGCAUCCCCAUCCCCCGUUAGGGCAACAUCAUCACAAUGGCUGGCAACCCGUCGACCAGCAACUCCUCUCCACCUCCCCCUACCUCACCGUCCCUCAAAUCCCCCGCUCAAGCGCGAGCAGCAGCAACAUCUCGCGCAAAUCCUCCUCCAUGACGCUAUCCUCCUACGAUGACCGCAGCGUGGCCUCCAGCCGCACCAGCCACGACUCCAGCCCCAGCCCAGGCACCAGCAAACCCUCCUCAUCUUACUGUAAUGAACAACCCCAGCCCCACCGCAUCAACACUCUCAACCCACCAUGCAACAUGGCAACAAUCGAGCAUCUGAUCUCGCGGCACGGCCAAGUCUCGCACAUGGGCGUGCUGGACCCAAGCUACAGCCUGUUCGUCAACACCACGCGCACAGCCCUGCUCUGUUUCAAGGUAUGCAACAAAGUCGCCAUAGUCUCAGGGGACCCGAUGUGCGCGGCCGAGGAGUAUGGCUCCGUGCUCUCGGAGUUCCAAACCUGGCGCCAACGUCAGCGUCUAGGCAUCGCCUUCUUAGGGACAAGCGAGCGCAUGGUCGACUACGCCCAGCACCAGCACCAGCACCCGCACCCGCAGAACGAGAACGAGACCAAGAAGAGCUGGACGAUCCUGGAAUUCGGCCGCGAACGCGUCCUCAACCCGCUCACGAACCCAGUCCUCCACGAACAAGAAGGCAAACGCAUCGUCCUUCAGAACAAACAACUCCUCCACCCCGAGAAAGGGGGCAUAACCCUCAACCUCUACAUCGCCCCUACCCCCUCGUCAGCAACAACAACAACAACAGAAGACCAAACCCUCCAAUCCCAACUCACAGAGAUCUACAGAACCUGGCGCCACCACCGCAACAACUCCACGGGCACACAAACCCAAGCCUUCAUCACCACCCCAACCCCCUUCACCACCCCCGAAUCCCAACCCCACCCCCAGAUCAUCUACAUCUACACCACCACCACGGCCCCCGGCACAGGCACCCCCAACGCCCUCGCCGCCCUCCGCUACCUCGGCACCCACCACGGCUACCACCUGGACCCCUGCAUCGCCGCCCCGGGCAGCCCCAGGGGCCUCUCGGAUCUGCUCGUUUUCGCGGCGAUGGCCCUCCUCCGCCGGCUGGCGUGCAACUACCUCAGUCUCGGGGUCGAGCCGUACGCGCAGCUCGGCCGGGUCGAGGGGUUCGCGUCCCCGCUGGUGGAAAAGUUGACGCGGCGCGCGUAUCGGUACGCGUUUGCCCGGCUGCCGAUCCAGGGGAAGAGGGCGUAUUUCGAUAAGUUCCGGCCGGAUCCGACGCUGGAGAGGGGGUUGUUUUUGGUGCUAACAAACUCAUCAAAUGCUAUGGCAGAUGUAAUCAUGUAA